AUGCCCCACCCCCUGGUACCCCCACCUCUAGCAGACCCCAGCCCCCAUCCAUCCCCCUCCCUCCCAGACCCCAGCUCCCCUUCCUGCCCCUGUGUCCAAGCCCCCAUCCCAGACCGCUGGUUCCGAAGACCCCGCAGGCAGCAGGCCCGGCAAGCCCCAGGGAUCCCCGGCCCUCACAGAACACUGGCCCUCCUGGACCCCCAGCUCCCUGGAGCCCCCAGCCUUCACAGCCCCCCCCCCCGUCCCCCCGUCCCCCAGGUGCCGGCAUCCCCAGCCCUCACGUGCCCCCAGCUCCCCAGAGCUCCCAGUCUUCAGACAUCCCCGCCCCUCACAGCCCCCCCGGAGCCCCCGGCCCUGACAGACCCGGCCCCUGCAGCCCCCAGAGCCCCCGAUCCUCGCAGAGCUAGGUCUCCCCAGAAUCUCCUGUCCUCAGGCCCCGGCGCCUCGCAGCCCCCCGCAGCCCGUGACCCUCGCAGACCCCGGUUCCCGCAGCCUCCAGAGCUCCGGGCCCUCGCAGACCCCAGCCCCUCGCAGACCCCGGCGGUGACAGGCCCCGAGCCCUCGCAGACCUCGGCCCCCCAGAACCUCCUGUCCUCAGACCCCAGCCCCUCUCAGCCCCUAGAGCCCCCACAGCCCCUGACCCUCGCAGAUCCCCGACCCCCCGCAGCCCCCGGAGCCCGUGACCCUGGCAGACCCCAGCCCCCGCGGCCCCCAGAGCUCCGGGCCCUCGCAGACCCCAGCCCCUCGCAGACCUCGGCCUCCCGCAGCGCCCCCAGCCCUCCGGAGCCCCGACCCUCGCAGACCUCGGCCCCCCGCAGCCCCCCGGAGCCCCCAGCCCCCCAGAACCUCCGCGGCUCCCAGCCCUCAGCCCCCGACCCUUCGCAGCCCCCCGAGCCCCGGGACCCCCGCAGCCCCCGGCCCCCCCCACCAUCCCCGCAAGCCCCCGGCCCCCCCGCCCCGCAGCCCCCGCGGCCCCCGCGGCCCCGGCCCGGCUCGCGGAAAGGCGUGGUCCCGGGGACUCGCUCACCGGCGCGGGGCUCCGCCUGCGCCCCCGGCCGCCGCCGCCCAGGCCCGAGCUCACCGCCGUCCCCCGACGACCCCGGCAGCCGCGGCCUCCCCGCCCGGCGCCGCCACCGUCCGCCGCAGGCGCCCCCGACGCCACCCGCCGCCGCCGCCGCCCGCCCCUGUGACGCAUUUCCGCUUCCGGCCCUGGACCCGCGGAAGCGGGCGCGCGGCGGCUCCCUGUUUCGUCUGCCGGCUCUGGCUCCGCCCCUAGGCGGGACUUCCGGGAGGCCUCCGCGCGGGGCGGGGCUGGGGGGGGCGAAGGACGGGCUCGGGCUCUGCACUGCGCGUGCGCGAGUCCGCCCCGCCCCCCCCAGGCACCACCUGCGCGCGGGCUCUAACCGCGGGCCUUACCUGCGGGCGCGCGCGCGCUCACCGGCCGGAAGCCCGGCAGGUGCAGAGCCUGCGCGUACGUCGGAUCGCUGUCGGGAGCGCGCAUCGCAGACAGCACGGCCGGAGCACGGUCUGUAA